ACAAUUUAUCACAUUAUUUGGCCACGACCGUGUAUGCUGUGUAACGUCGUUGUGUUUAGAAUGAUUUUAAUUUAAUUUAGUUCGGAGUUGUAUUGUUAUAUUUUUAUGACAGUCAAAAAAAAGAAAAUAAUAUUUUAAACCUAUUUUUCAACUUCACACACACACCACACACACACACACUAUGAGUUUUAACGACAAUCGCUUAAAUUUGAGCAGCGGCAAUAGGCGUCUGACGAGGCGACCCAUGGAAACCCCGGGAUUGGACACGAAGAGCCCUCCGAUGGCGGCGGUGCCGCCAACACCGACUCCACAACCUUAUUACCACAAUCAACAGUCUCCCCAGUAUGAGCCCCAACAGUUUGCGCCUCAGCAACAGUUUUAUUACAACGAUUUCACGCCGAAUCCGUCCGCGCCACAACACGGCUACGGUCAACAAAAUUUCGCGUAUUCCGGACCCUCGCCAAUGAUGGACGGUGUACAACAGCGACCAAAUUACCCCCCUAGCCCGGGUCUGCAGGUUUCACCACAGCAAGUGCCGUCGAACAUGUUCAUUCCUACGAGUAACUUUGUCGACGCGUUCGGCGGCAAUCCGUUGCUGGCCGGCGCCACCGUUAAAUAUGGACAAAAAAUAUUGGGUCAGGUCGUUGACGACCAAGUGGGCAAGUAUACCAGCGGGUUCGGCGCACAAAUAAAGCGAUAUUUCGCCGUCGACACUCGAUAUGUAAUCAGCAAGUUGACUCUGUUGAUAUUUCCAUUUGCACGUACGGAUUGGUCAAUUGUUUUGGAAACCACGGGAGAACAUAACGGCGGACAUCAGCGUGUCGGUCCCAAGACUGAUAUUAACGCCCCAGAUCUUUACAUACCGACCGUUUCGUUUAUUACGUACUUACUGUUGCUGGGACUUAUACUGGGCAAACACAAUCAGUUCAGUCCGGAAAUGUUGAGCGUGCACGCAUCACGCGCGCUCGCCUGGGAAAUGUUUGUGGUCACGAUGGAAAUGUUGACGUUGUACGUUAUAAACAUACAAAGUUCCCUAAGGACUCUGGACCUCACUUCCUAUUCGGGAUACAAAUAUUUUGGGAUCGUCGUGUGUGUUCCUUUCGGAUUGAUGUUUGGAGAAACUGCAUUUUACAUUUCUCUCCUGUAUUCGAGCGUGGCUUUUAUGUAUUUUCUGUUAUUCUCAAUGCGUUGCCAGUUGAAUUCUUCGGUGUCGGACACUAAUAAUCCGGUGGUGAUGAUCGAGUACAAGCGCAAAAGAACGCUGUAUUUUUUAAUUUUGGCCGUAGUCAUUCAACCCAUUACCACGUGGUUCUUGGUGUCCAACUUAACGUUCUCGAUGAGACAAAAACCUAUUUAAUAAUAGUAAAAAAAAAAAAAAAACAAAGACCAUUUCUCAAUUUAUCUCGGGGCGUUUCUGAUUAUUAAUUUUUCUUUGUUUUUUUUUUUAAAUUAUUACUAUUUUCUAAUUAUUUAUUAAUUAACUAUUAUAUACACUUAUUAUAUUUACCUUCUA